UUGAAGAAGAAGAAGAACAGGCAGCCCUAGCCCGUCUGUCACUUCUCCAUGAAGUUGAUCAGAGAACUCCGGACUGAACGCAUUCUAAAUGGACCAGAGACAUUGGAGAUAAAAAUAAACUUUCAUAGCUAACCAGCCAACACAAUUUUAAGUGGGAGUGCGGUGAGCGGCCGUGAUGGGUGACACGGAGCUGGGGCUGUCUGCUGCACAGCCAGAGGAACUAGAACCGCAGAGCUCCUCCACAGCCGCCUCCUCUCUGUCCAUCUCCUCCUCUCCUUCCCGCUCUCUGCCCUCCUCCCCUUCCUCUGGACACUACCACCACCAGCAGACCCCCAGUCCCAGCCCCACUCACAGCGAUGGUCCAGCCACCUCCAGCCCACCCCUGGACGUCAUCUCAGAGGGCGUGGGCGAGCUGACCCUGGUCAUCGACCCCGAGGUGGCCAAGAUGGCCUGCCAGGAGGUGCUGCAGAAGGUGAAGUUCCUCAAAGGCAAAAGUAAGGGGUCAGGAUCUGGGUCUGACGGUGGCAAUAGCACAGACCACACACUGGUCAACGGGACUGUAUAUACAGAGCCUAUCAAGCCCCCCAAAAUCCCCGGGGAGGAGGACUCUGAGGCACUGCCCCCAGGCUCGGUGAAAAGCGCGCGGCGGCGCCAGCGCCACAACCCCUCCAAGCAGUCGUGGUUGCUGCGGCUGUUUGAGUCCAAACUCUUCGACGUGUCAAUGGCCAUCUCCUACCUACACAACUCCAAGGAGCCGGGUGUGCAGGCCUACAUUGGCAACCGCCUGUUCAGCUUCCGCCACGAGGAGGUGGACUUCUACCUGCCGCAGCUGCUUAACAUGUACAUCCACAUGGACGAGGACGUGGGAGACGCCAUCAAGCCCUACGUGGUGCACCGCUGCCGUCAGAGUAUCUCCUUCUCGCUGCAGUGCGCCUGGCUGCUGGGCGCCUACUCCUCCGACAUGCACAUCUCCACACAGCGACACUCACGCGGCACCAAGCUACGCAAACUCAUCUUCUCCGACGAACUCAAACCAGCCGCGGUCCGUGCCCGCCAGCCACUGACGUUGACCCCCUUCUGCCCACUUCCGACCUCUGCGCCAUCCCUGCAUGGGCACGGCUUGGGCGGGGAGCACGGUCUGUCGCCUACCAAGCGCACGCAUCAGCGCUCCAAGUCGGAUGCCACGGUCAGCAUCAGCCUGAGCAGCAACCUGAAGAGGACCGCGAGCAACCCCAAGGUGGAGAGCAACCAGGACGAGCCAGUACGUCUGGCACCCCAGAGAGAGUUCAUCAAGUCCCUGAUGGGCAUUGGGAAGCGGCUGGCCACGCUUCCCACCAAGGAGCAGAAGACGUCCCGGCUCAUCUCGGAGCUGUCGCUGCUCAACCACAAGCUGCCCGCCCGCGUCUGGCUGCCCACCGCCGCCUUCGACCACCACGUAGUGCGCGUCCCUCACACACAGGCUGUGGUGCUCAACUCCAAAGACAAGGCGCCAUACCUCAUCUAUGUAGAGGUUCUGGAGUGUGAGGACUUUGAGACCUCCAACGUUCCGUUGCGGAUCUCCGAGACGAGGAUCCGCAGUACGCGCUCAGUGGAGAACCUUCCGGACUGCGGCAUCACAGCGGAUCAGCGCGCCGGGGGCUUCUCAACAGUUCACAACUACGAUGAGGAUAACGAAGCCUGGUCUGUGGACGACAUCGGGGAUCUGCAGGUGGAGCUCGCAGAGUUCCACACCAACAGCUGUGACAACAUCUCCCAGUUCUCAGUGGACAGCAUCACCAGCCUAGACAGCAAGGAGCCCAUCUUCAUCGCUGCUGGAGACAUCAGGCGCCGGCUAUCAGAGCAGCUAGCUCACACACCGACCACAUUCAAGCGGGACCCAGAGGACCCUUCAGCAGUGGCCCUCAAGGAGCCGUGGCAGGAGAAGGUUCAGCGGAUAAGGGAGGGUUCCCCCUAUGGUCACAUCCCUACCUGGCGGUUAUUGUCAGUCAUCGUCAAGUGUGGCGACGACCUUCGGCAAGAGCUCCUGGCCUCUCAAGUGCUGCAGCAGCUCCAGAUCAUCUGGGAACAGGAACGUGUGCCUAUCUGGAUCAAACCCUACAAGAUCCUGGUGAUCUCCUCUGACAGCGGCAUGAUUGAACCCAUAGUCAAUGCAGUGUCCAUCCACCAGGUGAAGAAACAGAGCCAGAUGCCUCUGCUGGACUACUUCCUGCAGGAACACGGUACCCACACCACUGAGGCCUUCCUCACGGCCCAGCGCAACUUUGUUCAGAGCUGUGCAGGCUACUGUCUCAUCUGCUACCUGCUGCAGGUCAAAGACAGACACAAUGGCAACAUCCUGUUGGACGCCGAGGGCCACAUCAUCCACAUAGACUUUGGCUUCAUUCUGUCCAGCUCGCCCCGCAACCUGGGCUUCGAGACCUCUGCUUUCAAGCUCACCAGCGAGUUUGUAGAUGUGAUGGGAGGUCUGGAUGGAGACAUGUUUAAUUACUAUAAGAUGCUCAUGCUGCAGGGCCUGAUAGCAGCACGUAAACACAUGGACAAAGUCAUCCAGAUAGUGGAGAUCAUGCAGCAAGGCUCCCAGCUGCCCUGCUUCCACGGCUCCAGCACCAUCCGGACCCUGAAGGAGCGUUUCCACAUGAGCCUGACGGAGGAGCAGCUGCAGGUCCUGGUGGAGCAGAUGGUAGACGGAUCCAUGCGCUCCAUCACCACCAAGCUCUACGAUGGCUUCCAGUACCUCACCAACGGCAUCAUGUGAACGUGUGUGUACAGGACGUGUGUGUGUGGAAAGGAUACAUGAGUGUGUAUGUUUCUAAAUGUGCAGUGGACAUACAUGGACUGGACUGGAGAGGCCACACCACUGGCAAAGACCACUCCCCCAUACUUGCCCCCAUACCUCUAUGGACAGAAUACGUUUGGUUAUAGUUCUCUUUCUAACACAACCUCAACCUUGGACUAAUGUCUUUGCUCACAGGAUUUAGACUGAAGACAGGAGACAGGAGAGGUUUCAGCUGUGAAGGUUUUCCUCUUUUGAUAUUUUCCUCCACCCUUAUUCUUGUCUCUUGCUCUGUUUGGCAACUUUUCCUUUUUGUUUGUGUUGUCUGUCUGUUUUAUCCCCUUUUUUUAUUUUAUAUCUUUCAGUUUGCUUUGUUUUCUCAAAGAGGAAUCUGUUCUGUUUCUCCCCCUCUCUUCAGUAUCUAAUGGUACAGUAAUGACCUGUGCCUCCAGAUAUUCAUGACACUCACCAGCCCUUUAACUCAAUCUGUCUCACCCCAGUGUGUGAGUGUGUUCAGUCUCCAUAUUUACCAUCUCAUUCCCAACUCUCUAUUAUAGUGGCUUUCUCUACACUUUCGCAGUCAUGGAAUGAACACUCUUACCGAAAUGCUUAGGAACCAGCUCUGUUCCCCUGUCAUUGGAACGCCAUACUCACGACUGUUCUUGGUUGUUGAGGAGUGACAUUGUUUGCUAGAUGCACAUAGUUCCCUCUAAAUAUGACCCUACAAUAGUGGGUUGGAAUGAGGUAGCUCCACGCUACCGAUGUAUCUCCUAUCAACCUAAUUUCUUCUGUAAGCUUUUGUUCAUCACUUUGUAUGAAGGGACAUGACACAUUCAACUGUGAAGACGUGUAUUUAUGCCUGGUAUCAUUUUGGAUGAAGAAGAAGAAGAGCCUACUGCUGUCUAUGUGUUGAGUGAUUGGUACUUGUCGGAAUGGUCUGAAUACACAAAAGGAGAGCAGUUUACCAAGGACACCAGUGUGGCUGAAGUAGCUCAAAAGAACCCAGUAUUUCACAAAAGCAGCAAAGGCUUUGAACAUUAAGGAAAAUAGUCAAUUCACGAAUGGUUGGCUUAAAAGUGUUCAACAUUUCUUAUUCAGAAUACUUUUGGGAUCGAGGUUGAUAAGGAUAGGGUCUAUGGACUAUGAACUGUAUGGCUGAUUUUCUGUGUUUGAGGGCGGGAUAGAGAUACAAAACCUUAUCCUGUUCUCUGUUUCAUCAUGACAGUUUUAUUUCCAUCCACCACUCCACAUUCAUCUCAAUAGAAGCUGGAUUUUCACCCCUGUUCCAGAAGUCUGAAUAUGAAAGGGCAAACUAAUUACAAGCUAGAAUCCUAAUUAACUUUAUUUCUCCCAACCGUUUUUCUACUACCUUAGUGUUUUUGUCAAUCCUUUUAUUUCUUUAUGACCUGUUAUUUAAUGGACCAGCUGUUAUGAUCAUGUGACCUCCCUUAACUUGGAAAUGUUUCUUUGUAAUAAAUGUAAUUUGUCUCA